GCAUGAAUUUCAGGAGUGUUGAGGACAACCCUAUCGCGCCGUACCAACCGGUACUGCGCACGCCGCUGGGCUCGCACUCGGCAGCAUAGCUGUCACUGUGUGAUGCUGGAGAUGCGCAUCAAUGAAUGCUUUUAAUGUGGUUGUCGUUGUAUUGUUUUUGUAUAGUUUGUAUCAGUUUGUUUACGUACCAAUGUAGUAUCGUUUUGUACCUUUUAGCGUGUCGUAAUAAAUUAGUUAUUUUAAUUGUAUCGCGCGCGUUUUUAAUCCCCAAUGUAGGGACUAUCCGAGAGUGAUAAUCGGGGGAUUUCCGAGGUGCAAAAGUGGCGACGAGUAUUCGCGAGUGAGGGUAGUUUUUCCGUCGACAAAAACUCACCCAACAUUUCGUCACCCGCGCGGAAGAAGCGAAAGUGGAGUGCGAUGGCCGACGGUGGUAGUGAUCGUGACGGGCAAAAUGGUGUUGACCCCGCGGGAGUGUUUAAUCAACGGCAAUUAAAUCAGCCGAUUAUCCCCGCAACGUCGACGACGACGACGGUCCACCCGCAGCAGCAGCAGCAGAUUUUUGUGCCCGUUAUGACGACACACCAGCAGCAGCAGCCGUUCAUUCCAGUUUCUUCGGCUCAGCAGCAGCAGCAGUUCCCAACCUUCCCACCCCACCAAACGCAAGCGCCGCAGGUUAGUAAUGAUGUGCUCAUCCAAUUUAUGCAUAUCAUGCAGCAAUCGAUAACCCAGAGCCAGAUGCAACACCAACAAAUCAUGGCUCAGGUGGUUAAGCUGCAGCAGCAGUCCGACGACGACAGAAAGCAGCUUUUUCGCAGCAUCUCGUCGUCGAUUAAUGUGCAAGUACCACCGAACCAGGAACAGAUCCUUGACUCUUUGGCCAGCAAUAUCAAGGAAUUCCGGUAUGAGGCCGAAAGCAACGCUACUUUCGCGGCCUGGUACUCUCGAUACGACGACCUUUUCGAGAAGGAUGCUGCAAGGUUGGACGACGAGGCGAAAGUUCGCCUGCUUAUGCGAAAAUUGGGUUUAUCGGAGCAUGAACGGUACGUGAGCUAUAUUCUCCCGAAACUUCCAAAGGAGUUUAGUUUCGCACAGACAGUUGUCAAGCUCAAGAGCCUGUUUGGAGCGAAAGAGUCGGUUAUCAGCCGUCGAUACCGAUGCCUGCAGAUCGCGAAGAACCCCACUGAGGAUCAUGUGGCGUUCGCGUGCAGGGUGAACAAGGCUUGCGUGGAGUUUGAACUGGGGAAACUCACCGAGGAGCAGUUCAAGUGCUUAGUGUACGUAUGUGGCCUGAAAUCGGAGAACGACGUCGAGAUUCGCACUCGUCUCCUCACGAAAAUCGAGGACAACAACGACGUCACGUUGGAGCAGCUCUCCGAAGAGUGCCAACGCUUAUUCAAUUUGAAGCACGACAGCGCGAUGAUUGAAUCUCAGGCCCCGUACAGCGAAGUACAAGCGGUGAGGAAGUUUGGUGGGAAGCGGUUCGGUAAGCACGACCGGGAGUCUCCAAGACGUUUUUCCAGUGACGCCGUCCAGAGACCAAGCUACGCGUGUUGGCUCUGCGGUGCAUUACACUACGCCCGGGAUUGCAGCUACAGGAAGCAUAAGUGUUCAGACUGUGGCCAAGUUGGACACCGCGAAGGCUAUUGUGAAAGUGCAAAGUACCGAAGACCCGGAAGCAAGAAGAAGAAGAAGAAAGGAGUCUCGACCAAGGUGGUGGUUGUCGACGUGUGCAGCGUGCAGCAACGGCGCAGAUUUGUCUCCGUUGGCCUAUCCGGAACGGACAUCCGGCUGCAACUCGACACCGCCUCGGACAUCACCGUGAUCAGCAGGGAAAGUUGGAAGAAGCUUGGCAGCCCUGCACUAUCGGCCUCAACGGUGAAAGCGAAGACAGCGUCCGGCAACAUCUUGUCACUCGAUGGGGAAUUCGAGUGCGACGUCACCAUCGGCGAAAGCACACAACGUGCGUUGAUCCGUGUCACCGAGAACAAACUCCAUCUACUCGGUGCGGAUCUGGUGGACGUCUUUAAUCUCUGGUCUGUGCCCAUGGACAGUUUCUGUUGCCACGUGUCGGGUUCUCCUACGACGACCGCUGCACUCAAGUCGUCUUUCCCCAACGUUUUCAGCGAGCAGCUCGGCUUGUGCAGCAAAACGAAAGUGAAGUUGGAGCUGAAAGAAAGUGUUCGACCCGUAUUCUGCCCGAAGCGUCCGGUUGCGUACGCGAUGUACGACGCCGUGGACCAAGAGCUCGACCGGCUGGAGAAGCUGAAUAUCAUCACUCCGGUCGAAUAUUCGGAGUGGGCAGCUCCGAUCGUCGUCGUCCGCAAAGCCAAUGGCACCAUCCGAAUUUGCGGAGACUAUUCCACGGGGUUGAAUGCUGCUCUCCAACCAAAUCAGUAUCCACUUCCACUGCCCGACGACAUCUUCGCCAAGCUGGCUAACUGUAAGUACUUCAGCCAGAUCGAUUUGUCCGACGCCUUCUUGCAGGUGGAAGUUGACGAGCAGUGCCGCAAGUUGCUCACCAUAAAUACGCAUCGUGGCCUCUAUUCCUACAACCGCCUCCCGCCGGGUGUGAAAGUCGCACCUGGGGCAUUCCAGCAGAUCACCGAUACCAUGCUAGCCGGUCUGGAGUGCACUUCCGGAUAUCUUGACGAUGUCAUCAUCGGCGGUCGGACUGAAGAGGAGCACGAUCGCAAUUUGCGGGCUGCCCUGAAGCGAAUCCAGGAUUUCGGCUUCACCAUCCGACCCGAAAAGUGCACGUUCCGCAAGCAGCAAGUGCAGUACGUGGGUCAUGUUGUCGACAGUCGCGGGCUACGUCCGGAUCCGGCCAAAAUCGAGGCGAUCACCAAGCUACCGCCGCCUACCGAUGUAUCCGGAGUGCGAUCCUUCCUGGGGGCCAUCAACUAUUAUGGCAAGUUCGUCCCCAACAUGCGAAAGCUUCGCUACCCGCUCGACAAUCUGCUGAAGGCUGAAGCGAAGUUCCAGUGGACCCCGGAGUGCCAGAAAGCGUUCGAGCACUUCAAGAAGAUUCUCUCCUCGGAUCUGCUGCUCACUCACUACGAUCCGAAGCGGGAGAUCAUCGUUUCUGCCGACGCGUCAUCCGUUGGACUUGGGGCGACUAUCAGCCACAAGUUCCCCGACGGCACCAUCAAGGUCGUGCAGCACGCGUCAAGGGCACUUACGAAGGCAGAGCAGGGCUACAGCCAGCCGGACCGCGAGGGUUUGGCCAUCAUUUUCGCCGUAACGAAGUUUCACAAGAUGCUCUUCGGACGGCACUUCCGGCUGCAAACCGACCACCAGCCUCUGCUCCGGAUCUUCGGCUCCAAGAAGGGAAUACCGGUCUACACGGCAAACCGGUUGCAACGUUUCGCCCUUCAUCUGCUUCUCUACGAUUUCGAGAUUGAGUACGUGCCCACCCACAAGUUCGGCAAUGCGGACCUGCUUUCCCGGUUGAUCAACCAGCACGUCAAACCCGAAGAGGACUACGUCAUCGCGAGCCUCAACCUGGAAGAGGAUCUCAGGUCAGUUGUAACUAAUACAGUUAAAGUGUUGCCUCUCAAUUUCAGAGCCGUCGCGCAAAGCACCCAAGCAGACCCACUGCUCCGGAAAGUCUACCACCACAUCCAACACGGUUGGUCCGAAUCCAAACUCUCGGGUUCCGACAUCCAACGGUUCCAAGCACGCAAGGAAUCGCUCUCGGUGGUAGAUGGGUGCAUCAUGUUUGCCGAACGGCUCGUCAUCCCGUCGCUGCUCCGCAAGCGAUGCCUCGAACAGUUUCAUCGUGGUCAUCCCGGCAUGCAGCGUAUGAAAGCCCUCGCCCGAAGCUAUGUGUACUGGCCCAGCUUGGAUGCCGACAUCGUUAACUUCGUCAAGGCAUGCCAACAGUGUGCGUCCGUAGCCAGAUCGCCUCCUCACUCUCCACCGGUGCCGUGGCCCAAGCCGACCGCUCCCUGGCAGCGCGUCCACGUCGACUACGCCGGCCCGAUCGAAGGCGAGUACUAUUUGAUCGCAGUCGACGCCUUCUCCAAGUGGCCAGAGAUCAUCCAAACGACCCGAAUCACCUCAGCGGUGACGAUUACCACUCUCCGUGGGUUGUUUGCUCGGCUGGGUAUGCCCGUGACACUAGUCAGCGACAACGGUACCCAGUUCACGAGCGCCGAGUUCGCCGAUUUCUGCGCCUCCAACGGCAUCGAGCACCUCACGACGGCCCCGUUCCAUCCACAGUCGAAUGGCCAAGCGGAGCGAUUCGUGGACACCUUCAAGCGGGCCGUGAAGAAGAUUCGAGAGGGAAGAGGAUCGAUACAGCAAGCACUGGACAUCUUCUUGCUGACGUACCGAAGCACGCCCAACCGGGCGCUACCUGACCAGAAGUCGCCAUCCGAGGUCAUGUUCGGGCGCAAAAUUCGUACGUGUCUCGAGCUUCUGCGUCCUCCACCGGUACGAACACCAGUGCAACCGUCCGACGACAAGAAACCGAGAUCGUUUUGCCGGAACGACACCGUCUACGCCAAGCUCUACGGCCGAAACGGUUGGAAAUGGGUUCCCGGCACAGUCGUCGAGAAAAUCGGAGACGUUAUGUACAACGUGUGGGUUGAAGAUCACCGAAUGCUGCGCUCCCAUAUCAAUCAGCUCCGGAGUCGCCAAGCUGCUGGCACGACACCGAAGCAACCCGUCAGGCAGGCCGCCUCCAGCCAGCAUUCGUUGCCGCUCGACAUCCUGUUAGGUGCCUGGAAUCUCCCAAGCCGACUACCAGGCACGCCGACACCGUCGCUUGUCCCGAGCGCCUCUGCAUCGUCACCUACGUUGGGACCAGUCUCCAGUCCAGAGCCUACCCUGCUAGGUUCUCCGCCGGCCCGUGCGUCGUCUACGCCACGGCACGAGGCCCCGGCGACUCCGUCCAUGUCAUCGUCAGGUACAACGUCAACAUCUACCGAAUUCGAAUCCGCUGUCGAAGUUGAACCGGUGGUAGAUCUCCCUAGGCGUUCUUCACGGACUCGAAGACCGCCAGUCAGGUUCGACCCCUACCACCUCUAUUAAGAGGGGAGAUGUUGAGGACAACCCUAUCGCGCCGUACCAACCGGUACUGCGCACGCCGCUGGGCUCGCACUCGGCAGCAUAGCUGUCACUGUGUGAUGCUGGAGAUGCGCAUCAAUGAAUGCUUUUAAUGUGGUUGUCGUUGUAUUGUUUUUGUAUAGUUUGUAUCAGUUUGUUUACGUACCAAUGUAGUAUCGUUUUGUACCUUUUAGCGUGUCGUAAUAAAUUAGUUAUUUUAAUUGUAUCGCGCGCGUUUUUAAUCCCCAAUGUAGGGACUAUCCGAGAGUGAUAAUCGGGGGAUUUCCGAGGUGCAAAAAGGAGAAUUC